CAUGGCGGCGGGCGCGCGGCGGGGCCUGCCCGUGGCUGGCGGAGGCGAGAGCAGCGACAGCGAGGACGAUGGCUGGGAGAUUGGGUAUCUGGACCAGGCGUGUCAGAAAUUAAAAAGGCCAUUACCCACUGAAGAAAAGAGUGAAAUAUUUAAGAAGGCAUUGACUACCGGAAAUACUGCCUUAAUAGAGGAGCUUCUAGAUUCUGGUAUUAACGUAGAUUCUAGCUUUCGUUAUGGAUGGACUCCUCUUAUGUAUGCUGCUAGCGUUGCCAAUGCAGAGCUGGUUCGGGUUCUUUUAGACAGAGGUGCUAAUGCAAGCUUUAAUAAAGAUAAACAGACUAUUUUGAUAAGUGCAUGUUCUGCCCGUGGCUCAGAGGAACAAAUCUUGAAGUGCGUAGAUCUGUUACUUUCAAGAAAUGCUGAUCCAAAUGUUGCUUGUAGGAAACUUAUGACUCCAAUCAUGUAUGCUGCACGGGCUGGUCACCCUCAGGUUGUGGCUCUCCUUGUUGUUCAUGGAGCAAAUGUUAAUGCCCAGGAUGAGAAUGGUUAUACUGCUUUAACAUGGGCAGCACGUCAGGGUCAUAAAAAUGUAGUUUUGAAGUUACUGGAUCUUGGAGCUAAUAAAAUGCUACAAACCAAAGAUGGACAAAUACCAAGUGAUAUUGCAAAAAGAAAUAAGCAUCUUGAGAUCUUCAGCUUCCUUUCUUUGACAUUAAAUCCUUUGGAAAGAAAGCCUCAGCAAUUAACUAAAGAAGAGACUAUUUGUAAAUUAUUGACAGCAGAUUCUGAUAAAGAAAAAGAUCACAUAUUUGGUUCAUAUACAGCAUUUGGAGAUCUAGAAAUAUUUUUACACGGCCUUGGACUGGAACAUAUGACAGACUUAUUAAAGGAAAAGGAUAUAACUUUAAGACAUCUUUUGACCAUGAAAAAAGAUGAGUUUACAGAGAAUGGAAUUACCAGUAAAGAUCAGCAAAAAAUUAUAGCUGCCCUUAAAGAACUAGAGAUAGGAGAAAUAAAUUAUGGAGAGUUACCUGAAGUGGCAAAGUUGGAAAUCAGUGGUGAUGAGUUCCUCAACUUUCUUCUAAAAUUAAACAAACAAUGUGGCCAUUUAAUAACAGCUGUACAGAAUAUCAUUACUGAGUUACCUGUAAAUUCUCACAAGAUAGUGCUAGAAUGGGCUUCUCCCCAGAAUUUUACUUCAGUUUGUGAAGAACUGGUUAGCAACGUUGGAGAUUUGAAUGAUGAGGUCUGCAAGCUAAAAGACCUAAUUCAGAAGUUGCAAAAUGAACGGGAAAAUGAUCCAACUCAUAUACCAUUAAUGGAAGAAGUAUCUACGUGGAAGAGUAGAAUUUUGAAGAGCACAGCUAUUACAGUAUGCGGAUUUGGGCUGCUUCUUUUCAUUUGCAAGAUAACUUUCCAAAGAAAAUAACCCUAAUAUUUGUUUUAUGUAGUUAUAUCCUAUUCAGAUGGCAUUAGCAUUGCUGUUAGUCUUUAGUGGCAUAGAAUAACCUUAAAUUCUUUGCUCAUACUCAACAGAAAAACUUAACAUAAAACAGAGGGUUUUUCUUUAGAAAGUGGUU